GCAAAGAGAGGCAAACUUGUUAGCUUACUCACAUCAAAAGAGAAGCAAGAAGUGAUAUCUUGUAAAUCUCAAGAGAAGCAAUGUUUGCUAAGUUACACAUUUCAAGAAGAUACAAAAAUAUGUUAUUUUGUACAUUUCAAAAAUUACUAGCUGAAGAUACAAAAUUUGGAAACUUGCACAUUGCAAAAGGAAGAAAAACUUGCUAGCUUGCACACUUCAAGAAAAUACAAAAACAAGCUAUCUUGCACUUCUCAAAAGAGAAGAAAGAAACUCACUAGCUUCAAUGUUCUAAAGUGAUGAAAAAUUUGUUAAGUAGUUAAGCUUUCAUAUCUCUAAAACUUGAUAGUUGCACUUCUCCUUUUUGUUGAUGACAAAGGAGGAGAAGAUAUGAUGAUAUGAGAAUCAUACAUGAUAGGAUGUAAUAUACUUUGAUUUUUUUUUAUGCCAUGAUGAUUUGAAAUAUUUAUGAUGAUUCAUACAAAACUUAUGAUAAUGAUGCAUGCAAUGCAAUGAUAUACAUAUAAUUUGUUGCUUGGACUCAUAAUGAUUUCAUGAUUAAAUUUGCUUUUACUUGAAUUCAAUAUGAAUUCAAGAGUUCUAUCAAUAUGGCAUAUUGAUAGGGGGAGUUAAGGUUAACUCCAUCAUCAAUUGGUUGUCAUCAUAAAAAAGAGGGAGAUUGUUGAAUCUCGAAUUUUGAUGAUGAAAAUAAUUGAUAGUGUUUAUCUAAUCUGUGUUUUGAGUGAUGUAGGAAGCUUCGAUCUGGGAGAGACAAUUAAAGCAGGAAGAAUCAUGUUGGGCCGGAGUAGAACAUGUCAAAAGAUUGGAUGUUGCGCCGAAAGAUCGGUCAACGUAUCGAUAGAAGGUUUCGGACCAUGGGUUCGGGCAUCAUGCUAAGGAGAGCAAAAAUUAUGCCAAGGAAAUCGGAGUUGCGGAGGUCAACUUGCCGAUUAGGCAAUAGGCCGUAAGAGAGGACGAUGCGCCGAAUAAUCGGACGAAGCGUCGAUGAACCAAUAACAUGCCGAACAACAUUUGAUUCAAGCUUUGUAAUAAUUGUCUAGAUCGAAGUGGGUUUUAAGUGUGCAGGAUUAACUACGAUAGCGAUCAAGGCAUAAAGCAAAAUAAAGUCCCGGAGUCAAGAAUGAGAUUUCGUUGGGAAUUCGAGAGUUCGUCAGAAAUCCGGACGUUCGUCGGAAGUUCUGUUGGAAUUGACCGAGAAGUCCAGAAGCUUGUCAAAGAAACUCAUAGAAACUCACCAAGAAGAUCGUUGUGAAGUCCAGGAGCUUAUCGGGACUCCGUUGGAAUACUACCGAGAGAUUGUCGGAAGUUUGCCGGAAGAUCAUCGGAAGCUCGCCGGAAGAAACCUAGACUUACCAGACUUAUUUAGCUUAGUGUAUGCCUUAAAAUUCGUAAUUAGCACAUAAUUGGGUUGGAACUAGGUCAACUUAAUUAGGGGCCAAUUGGGCCCAAGUUUGGACUGUGUUGGGCUAAGUGAAAAUGCCCAAACAGUGACCCAACAAGUGGAAUCAAUGUGGCACAGUCUCCAAGACUAUCAAGCGAUGGUACCGUCGGUCUGGGCAAUGGUAUCGCCUAAACAUAGUCUCCGAGAGACUAUUAGGCGGUGGUACCGCCCAAACACAGUCUCCUAGGCAGUGGUACCGCCUAGUGUCAGUACUAUAGGUGGUGGUACCAUCAGGACCCGGAAAACCCAGGAUAAAAUACUUUUAGGCUCCAAGUUUGAAUCCACUUGAGGCCUAUAAAUACCCCUCUCAUCCUUGGUUAACAAACACAAGAAUUGAGAGCAAAAAGGAAGAAAAACGUUAUUGUAAUCUUGUGAGAACUCCUCUAAAAGCUUCAAGUGUUAGUGCAGUUUAAGAGAGGAGUAAGUGGGGGUGUAAAGGUUGUCUCCUAAACCUAUAAAACGGAGAAGAAGGGUGUAAAAGGGUAGUUGAUCUUCGCUCAUUGAAGGAAGAUCGUUAGUGGAUAUCGGUGGCCUCGACAGAAGAGGAAUCGAUGGAGUGGAUAUAGGUCAUGACGAUCGAACCACUAUAAAACCCGGUUUGCAUUUACUUUAAGCUCUUUACUUUUAUUGCAAACUGCCUUACUUCCUUUACCUUCUCAUUACAUUCUUCCGUAUGCUUUUAAUUUAAACUCACUUUGUCGAAAUGAUUUUAUCGAAUGAGAUUUUUGACUCGACAUAUUUUUAUCCACUGCACUAAUUCACCCCCUCCCCUCUUAGUGCCGACUCGAUCCUAACAUCCUCUUAUUCUUUCUCUCUUCCUCAUCCUGCAGCCCCUAUUUAAGGCAUGUGGAUAGCAAGAAGGGUCAGCCCUUUCUUGAUUACGUGGUGCGCGCAACGAGAAGAUUGGAGUAGCGAUUUGAGGAGCAUCUUCGUAGCCUUUGUCGUGUGGAUCAUCGUUAGAGAAGAAGACAAUUGACCUCUUUCAUCCUCUCCCAUAGAUCUACAGGAAUUUAAGGAUAUACGAUCUCUUUAAGUAACAUAAUUUUCGCAUAGUUUUUCAGUUUCGCGAGUUUUUAUGCACCAUUCUUCGCACGACGAUAAGAGACUAAUUUUCUAUGGAAAUCUGAGAAUUUUUCUCUUUGUUCUUCCACCACACAUAUGAUGUCGCUCUAGAUUUUUCAAUAGUGGUAUCAAAGCUAGGUUGUUCAUACAAAAGAUUGGCUUUUAAACUAUAUGUGUUGUGUUCAAUCGUAUAGAAUUAUUUUUGUGUUAUUGCUAUGAUUUUUGUCAUAGUUUUAAGAUCUGGACUACAUAUCUUCUCCUUACUAAAAGGUGUUUUAGAUCAAUGUUUUAUCGCCAAAAUUGUUGUUGUAGAACAGGGGAGAAAAGGCAGCAAUUGUUGCUGCCUUAUAAUUUGGUCGAAGGCUGCUUGUAGCAUUGGCCUAAAGCACAGCUUGUUGCUCUCGGCUUGGCCAAAAGCAAUAAGGUUGAGAGCAGCGAGGGUGCUCUCGACCUACAAGAUUGGUAGCCCCAACAGCCAGGUUUCUUGGCUAUAAGGGGCGCCCCUGGCAGCUAGGGUUUCCUAGCCACCAAAGAGACCCUAGCAGCUAGGAUUCCUAGCCGCAUGGGGCAAGUAGGCCUGGCCGCCCAGGUUGCCCUGCAACCAGGAAACUAGGACUCCUUGGUGGCUAGGGUUUCGUAGCCACACAAGAUAGCCCUAUGGCCUAGGAUUCCUAACCGCAGGGGAGUCCUUAGUGGCUAAGGUUACCUAGCCACAUAAGGGACCACUUGCCAUAUGAGGGCACCCUAUGGUAGGAUUCCCAAAAUACUACAGAAUAAUUAAUUAAAUAGUUUAAUUAAUUAUUAUUAUCUAGUAAUCCUAUAUGGUGAAGUGUACAUAUGAUGUGUGAUGUGGACGAAUGAUCAUAGACCGUGUGAUGUGAUGUAUGUGUGUAUUGUGAUUGUUAUUAUUAUUGGGGCCUUCGAGCCUCUAUUUUUUCUCAUUGGAGAAUGAGUUCACUGAUUGAUCCACUCAUAGAAUGCUGGAUGGUUGAUGAUACCUCAUUAUCAAAUAGCGAUUUCAUCAUCCUAAUGGUGUAUCUGGUCCUUAGACUUGAGACACCAAGGAUAUUCUAUAUGAAUACUUCACUCUCUAAUACUGAACUUAUAGACUUGGAAGUUUCAAAUCUAACAUAGUCGAUCAUCGGGAGUGGUAGCCAAUCUUACGAGGACUAUUGAGUGUCGAUAGAGGAUCAUCCACUCUUAGUAUCAUGAGAGAAAUAUCUCAUGUAUUUUUGCUUAGACAAACCCUAGCUAGGGUCAUUCAGAUUGAGAGAGAAAAAGAGUUCUUCGGGAGAAUCCGAUUAGAGCGAGACUCGAGUAGAAAUCAUUUGGGCCUAAUAGCACCAUAUCUGGUGUACGAUCUCUGGAAUAUUAGAUGGAUGAGGGACUAUAUACAUAAUAACUGAGGACAGACAAGUCCAAUGGAUUAGAUUCCUCUAUAUCAUUUGGAGAUUACGACGUAAUGGCCUGAACAUAUGUAGUCGAUGAGUCGAGUGAAUUAUUAUAGAGAUAAUUAUUAUAAAGAUAAUAAUUCAUUAAGCCAGAAUGGGUUCGGACAAGUAUGACUCAUGGCCAGCUCGAUAUUGGGCCUAGAGGGUUACACACAUAUAGUAGGUGUUGCGACGAGUAAAGGUUCAGAUAUGAGAUAUCCGCUUAAGCCUCUAUCUUAUUGAAUAUCUAAUAAGCCAUCGAAUUAUUGAAUUUUAUGGAUGAGAUCUAAUAAGAGUCAAUAAAAGAUUAUUGGGUAGAGACCCACUAAUCUAAUAGAUUUAAGUAGUUGGAUGGAGAUCUAGUACCUAAUAGGGCAUGAUCCAUUUAGGUUAAGUUGACCAAGGGCCUCUAUAAAUAGGAGGGAACUAAAUGGUCAUAGACUAGACUCCUUUUAGCUGUCACCUCCUAUUCUCCUCUCUCCCUCUCCUCUGUGGACAGUAAGAAGGGUUGGCCCCUUUUUUAUUAUGUGGUGCGCGUAGCAAAAAGAUUGGAGUAGCGAUUUGUGGAGUGUCUUCGCAGCCCCUACUAUGUAGAUUACCGCUAGAGAGGAGGAUAGUUGAUCUCCUUCAUCCUCUUCCAUAGAUUUGCAGGAAUUCAGGGAUAUAUGAUCUCCCUAGGUAACACAAUUUUCGUAUACGCGUAGUUUUUGGGUUUUGCGGGUUUUUGUGCAUCAAUUUCACACGACGACAAGAGACUAUUUUUUUUGUGAAAAUCUAGGAAUUUUUGUUUCUGUUCUUCCGUUGCACAUGUGUUGUCAUCUCAGAUUUCCCAAUAAGAUUUAGGCCUUUACUAUAUUAAAGAUUCAAAUCAUUGCCUGUUAGUCUUCGUGAGGAGUUUAGUACUAUUUCUUAUUUGCACAAGCCUAUUCUUAAAUUUGACCAGAUGUUAUGCCUUCUGCACGAAGUCUAGUUAGAGAUUUUAGUGGUCCUCUAUCUAGUAAGUUUGGAGGCUCUAGGUCAAGAGGUAUUCUAGAUGGUCUUAGAAGUUUUUGGAUGAAGCAACUUGAUUCAGUUAAAUUUUCGAGCAGUAUAAGAAAGGAUCUGGAUGGUAACAUUCACAAGCACCCUGGAGAACACUUUGGUCCGGGUCGUAUUUUUAUACAUGAUCCUAUACUUGGAGGUAGUUAUGGGCGUGGCCUUGCAAAUUAAACCGAGACAUAUCUAUAAAAGUAUACAUUAAGGCGGGAGUGUUAAAAAGUUAAAGUAUAUUUUAAAAAAUCAUAAAUUAGUAUUUUAUAUCUUAAAUGUGAUUAGAAAGAGUUUUAGGGAUAAAAAAUUCUUAUUUUAAAAUAUAUUUUAGAAAAUUUCAAAUAAGAUUAGAUAGAGUUGUAGAGAUUAGAAACUCUUAUAUUUUACAUCUAUAAAUAGGUGGCAUCUGCAUGUAGAUAAAAAAAAGCCUCAAGUAUUUUCAAAUCAAGUCUAAGAGUUGUUAAAGAUCGGUGUAUGUGUUUUCCUUUUGAGAAGUUUAAUAAAGUUUUUCCUUUCCUGCGUAGGUUUUUUCUUUUUUUAUUUGAUUUGAUCUUAGACUAAUAUUACUAUUUGAGAAAGUUUUUCCCUCACAUUAACUACUACAGUAUCUUCUUUUUUUUCUUUUUCUCUCUCUGUUGUGCAGUUUUGUUUUGAAUGCAUAAUUACUUUCCCUAAAAUUUUCAGAAUGAUGUACGUGAUGUUUUGGACCUUACUCUCAGCAUGGAUACAGAUGAAGAGAAGCUGAUAUUACAUGAGAGGGCAGAGGUAGAUGAUUUUGAGUUGAUACCUGGUGGGAGAAAUAUUACGGUUGGUGGGGAAAAUAAACAUGAAUAUGUGACUCAUGUAGCAGAGAAUUGGCGAACGACUGCAAUUAGGUCUCAGAUUAAUGCAUUUAUGGAAAGUUUCAGAAAAAAUGUGCAUGGAAAGCUGCUAUUGUUUUUUUGUCUUACAGACUCACUACGUUCCACCUCCAAUCAGUGGAUGAGUUACGAGCAAACACCGAGUGUUUUGGCUACAACAAUGCAUCCUCCAUCAUCCAAUGGUUCUGGGAAGUUGUUCAGGGUUUCAGCGAGGAGGAUAGUAGAGUUCGAUUCCUGCAAUUUGUCUCUGGCACCUCCAAGCACUGCUACCUACCUUACUGUGUACUGCUAGUGGAUCUGCUGGCGACAACGGUUGCACCGGGCAAUGUGCGUGCUAUAGAAGCAACAGUAGUCGUGGACUGCACGGGGCAGAAGUCGUGUCUAGGCGACAACCGCGUGAGGGUAGCAACCGCACCUAAGCGACAACCGUGCAUGGGCAGAAGCCACAUCCAGGCGACAACCACGCGAGGGCAAUAGUUGUGCCUAGACGACAGCCACGUCUAAGCGGUAAUCGCACGCGGGCACAAGUCACGCCCGAGCAACGAUCAUGCCCCGGGUUGGUGUUGUAGGGGGGCCACAUAGUCGGCAAUUGCCCGCAGGCAACAGGCACGCAUGCAACUAUCGUCGCGGUGGCAAUGGCGCAUGUAGGCAAAUUAGGAUUUU